AUGGCCAAGCAGGACUUCUCGGCCCUGGCCCCCAACCUCCCAGAGACGCAGCGAGUGAACGUGCUGAUGACGGGGAACUGGAUCCACAUACUCUGGUGGCAGUUCGCUCUGAGCCACUACCAGAUGUCUAGCCGUAUGGAUGAUGCAAUGCUCUCCAUGCUGAAGCCUGCCAAGGUCGCCCACGAGACCAUGCGCCUGCUCGGGUCUGUUUCCCAGCAGGCCAUUCGGACCCACGGAUAUGGCCUAGAGCUGAAAGUUUUCCGUAUUGCCGAUGCUCUCAUCGACAUCCUGGCUUGCAACCCGUGGCUGUCUAAUUCCCUACAGCCCGGAUGCAAUAGUAUGCUUCUGGGAGCCAGAGAUGUACUGCAUUCUCUUGAGAAAGCUCUUUUGCUUAUUGGUGGCCCAGAGUCUUUGUUUCACAAGAAGCUGAUGCUAGUCAUGGCUGAAUCACAAUUACCGGUUCCGAAUGUCAAGUCUUUGACGCCAGGCGACGAAGAGGAAUGCGUUGAAGAUUCAUAG